CUUUGGACCUCCUGUGUGCUGGAGGUUUUGGGCACUGGCACCACAUUUGUCACAGACAAGCCAUUAACCCCAGAGCUCAACUUGGGGUACCAAUUCAGCCACCUUCCCUGUAUUCGUCAGUUCAAGCUAACAAAUAGAGGCAACCGUGUGCAUUGGCUCUCGUGGAAAGCGAAAUGCUACAGCCCACCUAAGGGGAAGGACCAGAGUGUCUCAGCCCUCAGCAGCCCCAAAGAUGCUUCCCAGAGCCCCAAACGUGCCGCCCCCGUGUUUGAGGUGGAGCUACCGACGGGGACACUGCAGCCAGGCGAGUCUGUGGACAUGGUGCUGCGAGGCUUCUCCCACAUCUCGCAGGAGGUGCAGGAUUAUGUGUUCUGUGAAGCUGCCAUUGAGAUACCCAGCCACAAAGAGAAGAUAAUAGAAAUAAUCAUUACCUGCAAGUUCAUUCACCCCUCUAUAGAAGCAUCAGCCAGUCAAUUCUCUUUCCGGGUGGAGAAGAAACCCAGUGAUGUCCUGACGCUGCAGUACCAGCCUUUGGCUUUAAAAAACACCUGCCUGCUGCCACUGGACCUUAUGCUGGACUUGGAGCAGCCAUUCCUGGUCUGUGAUGAGGACCAGAAGCCCCUCCCUGACGGCCAGGUGAGCAGCCCUGGACUCCUGCAGUGGGGUCUGAAGAGGAGGGAUGUGGUGGUGCCUUUCUGUUGGGAGCUCCUUGAGUCAAGAAGUUUAUUCUGCAGUAUCAGCAGUGGGCUGGCCUGAGCUGCAUCAGCAGAGCUGCUGAAGGAAUCAAAAUCUUAUGUGAAUUGAGAAGAUCCAUCCUGGCUUUAAGGCACAGGGAGAAGGGAGCAGGCAACUGGGUCUGGGCAAGCCAUGCAGUAAAGGUGUCUCCUGGAAAGCAUGCCAGCUCUCCAGCAGCCACCCCCUUGUAUUGGGGCUGAGCACAGAAACGUGGGCCUGAGGGAAUCCUGGACUAGACUGUGGUGCCUGCAGUCAGACCCCUGCUGAUAAGAAAUGAA